AUGGCGCGACUCUCUCCUCGCAUCUGCAGAUUUGCAGGUGCAGCAUUGGUUUUGGCCAGUACAGUCACUGCGCAGACGCCGACGGCGACGGCUACGUACGUCUAUAACCCCGUCUGCUCCAGUGGCAUGACCCCUGCCGGCUCUCUCAACGGCUCACUCGUCGAUCCGUACGGGGCGUCAUGGCAAAUCAUGUGUGGACAGGAUUGGGUCCCUUCGGGAUACUUCCUCGGUGGUGGAACCAAUGGUGGAGGGCUGGGAAGUUGCCUGAGAGGCUGCGACAAGAACCCCAACUGCGCACAAGUCUAUUUCGCCGGAAUUGCGUCAGCAGGUGAGGUCUGAUCAGUUGUAUCUGUCUGGCUGGGAGACUGACUGUCAUUAUUUAGUCGCCAACGCUGCCACUCCUUCAGGCUCUGGAUAUUGCUACUGUAGGCCAUUUUGGUGUCGCCUCUUCUGCAUCGUCGCUUACAUCCAGCACAGACAAGGCAUCAAGCGCAACUGCUACUAAUUAUUACCAGACCGACGCGCCGAAUGUUUACACAAACUUGCGCAAUGUUGGGACGACAUAUCCUCACUACGCUGCUGCCACACGACUAGCUGCGAGUGCUCAGUUACCGGUGAGUCUUGCUUACAACGGAAGAAUCAUGUUCAUUGCUGAUUUGGGCGUGUGAACAGUGCCCCUACUACAACGGAACUACGUUCAAGGACUCCAGCCAGAAUCAGUGGCAGGUAUAUGCGCCUUGUCCCAUCAAUGCAGUACGGCAAUGCAAAUACUGAUGCGUUCAGAUCUCCUGCAAUGCCAAUUCCGCUUCGACUGUGCUGAACACAGUGAACGCAGACAGCAUGACUGAUUGCAUGACGGGGUGUGCUGCAACAAGUGGAUGUACUUCGUUCUCGUACUCGUACUCAAACGGUGUCAGCAGCACGACAGUGAUUGAUGAGCCUGGUCCUGCCGCUGUUGGGAUACAGAACGGACGAUGUUACGUGAGUCAAUCUUGAGCGACGGUGCAGGGAGUGAUGAUGCUGACGGCGCUCAUGUCAUAGUACAGGUCCGUGGCUCCAGGGACGCUAAACUAUGACCCCAAUUACAACUACGCUGUGUUGGUUGCCAGAGCAACUGUAACUGCCAGCACGAGUACUGCUAGUACGUCCUCCACCCCCCCUCCCGCCGCUACGGCAACCACUUGCCCUGCUGUCGAUGGAACCCGCUAUACCGACAACAAUGGAAACGCAUACGAUAUGCUUUGCGACAUGGACUCCAGCGCCAGCGCUACAACCCCAGCAGGCGCAAGUACGCCGCAAGCCAGCAAUUUGGAGCAGUGCUUGGAGUUCUGUGACAACACCGUCGGUUGUGGUUCCGCCGUUUUCUAUCAGAACACAUGCUACCUGAAGGCAUCUACUUCGGACGCUCAAAGAAGUUCUAAUACCGGAAGACUGCUGGCUCGGAGAGUGGCUGGUGCUGUGGUGACUGCGACGUCUUAUGUGACGCCGACUGGGCCGACGACGGCUACAACUGCCACCACGGCUACAACUCCUACUACAGCCACUACUCCUACUACAGCCACUACUCCUACUACGGCUACCACUCCAACCACGGCUACUACUCCCACAACGGCUACUACCCCCACAACGGCUACUACUCCUACCACAGCCACUACUCCUACUACAGCCACUACUCCUACUACAGCCACCACUCCCACCACGGCUACUACUCCUACUACGGCUACCACUCCUACUACAGCCACUACGCCUACUACGGCUACCACUCCCACAACGGCUACUACUCUCACCACGGCUACUACUCCCACUACCAGCACGUCAACUAGCCCUAGCACAUCGUCGAGUGGCAGCAGUACGGGAACGAGCAGAACGGGAACCACUGGAACGAGCACUACUGGAUCAGGAACGAGUGGAACGAGUACAAGUUCUAGCUCUGCUAACACUAGUCUUUCAGGUACGUUGACUGCUUCUUCCCCUUCCUCGAGCGCUUCGGCAUGCUUUAGCGCUGCACCUUCCCCGGCGCUUUCAUCUUGUUCUGGCGUGACUAGCAACAACGUCACCGUCAUAAGCGCUUGUGGCUCCAACUAUACCGUCACCUGCGGAUACGACACCAAUGCGGACAACCUCCAAACCGUGUACAACGUGAACACGAUAUCGGCCUGUAUACAGACUUGCGAUGCGACUGCCAAUUGUGACUCCGCGACGUGGACGACUGGCAACAUCUGUUAUCUGAAGACAAAUUAUGUCAGUUUGGGCAAUACUGGCAGUAGUCUCGCCGCCAUCGUGCGCUACAUCCCACCAAAUCCGACUUUCGCCGUCCCUCCACGAAUUGGCAGCGUGAAUGCUUCCUCAGGAUGCGGCCAGGCCCUACCAGCCGGCUUAACACCAGGCGGAUCCACUGCUGGGCCCUUCAAGUACGUCGCCGGAGACAGCCGUGGGCGCAACUAUACCAUCCACAUACCCAAAUAUUACGACGUUAACGCCGCCUCUCCCCUAAUAUUCGGCUUCCAUGGCAACAUGGCGACUGCUGCGACCAUUGAGUCCCAGACGCAGAUGUCGGUGGCGUCCAACAAUCCCUAUGGCAUUAUGGUCUAUGUCAAUGGUGUUGGAUCAGCUCCGGGUGUUAAUCAAGGCUAUGAAUCGAACCCAGGCUAUGGGCAGACUGUUGGCGCAAUUUACCCAGACGUCAGGGAUCGCGAAUUCCUCAACUCUUUCAUCGACUAUCUUACGGGCGCAUUCUGUGUUGAUACCGGCCGCAUCUGGGCCGUCGGGCACAGUAAUGGAGGCGGUUUCGUCAACGUCAUCGCCUGUGAUCCGACGCUCAGCCAGAGAAUCACGGCGUUCGCCGGAAGUUGCGCUGCAAGCUAUACGAAUUUGACGACUGGAGAUCCAAACACCGUCGACACUGGCACCACAGUCGAGGCAGUCUGUUCGCCAUCGCGCAAGAUACCUUUCAUCGAGUUCCAUGGCACAAAUGAUCAAACGAUUGCGUACACUGGCUCAACAACUCACUGCAGCAAUGGAUGCCGCAUCAUCCCGAGCAUCCCCAAUUGGAGUCAGAGGUGGGCAGUGCGGAAUGGGUACGCCUCCAGCAAUGUGACCACCAUACCUGGAACAAACAUAAUCAAGUACCAAUUCGGCAGCGGAAAUGACCUGGGAAUCAUUACUCAGUACACCCUGA